UCGUAUAAUUUGCAGUUUACAAUUGCGCAAAGAAGGUGUCAGACAUAUAAUAAGAAGAUAUUUUGUGUAAAUGAACGAUGGUGUUUUUUUCAGUUCUUAGAAAUACUGUGUACUCUACGCUCUUUAAGAGCCAAUUCAUUACAGCCUACCGGUAAUCAGAUUGUGGUUGACAAUGAAUUGAUGGUAAAACUUCUAGAGCGCAUGGAAUAUAAGGAUGAAGCAAUCAAUGAGUUACGUCAGAUCCAACAAAGCCAGGAAGCAACGAUAUCCAAACUGCGCAAGGAUGUAGAUCAAAUAAAAUUUGAAAAAGAACAAUUAAAGGAAUCGUUUUUGAAGUGCGAAUUUGCGAUUAAGUCAUUGGGAUCGAUUGUUGAAAAUGCUGAAUAUAAAAACAAAACGGAGGAAACCAAUGCUAGGGAUUAUGAUAAUGCUAACACGCUUGGUGAAAAUAUGGACAGUUCUAACGUGUCCAUUUAUCGCGAUAAUCCGACAAAGCGAUUGCCUAUAAUCAGCCAUCUCAUUAAGCGCAACACAAAUGGACCAACAAUAACAGGACAAGAUGCCAACGAACCCAGGGUAACUAAAUGUCAUGAUGAAACAGAGUUGGUUGCUUUCUUUGCGACGAUGAACAGAAACGAAAAAACCUUGGAGUUGGCCCAAACCUGGUUUUUGAUAAUGUAAUGACCAACUUUGGCUCUGCUUAUAAUGCUCACGUUGGGAUAUUCUCUGCACCUUAUUCCGGUGUAUACGUGUUAAUGGCAACAAUAUUUAUCAUUACCUGGACACAACGAUCAGUUAGUUUUGGCUCACAAUGGGAACACUGUAAAAUUUAUGUCGGUGGCGUUGGUAGUAGAAACUACGACACCAGCGCGGGCAGCUUUGUCCUGUAUCUCACGAAGGGAGACGUGGUGGCUGUUCAAAAGCGGAACUUAGCGGAAGGUGUAUAUGGACAGUAUUACUCGUACUUCUCGGGUUUCCUUCUGAGUAUCGUAGAGUAGUUUGACAAUAUACACAUGCAAGCAAAUCCGAAAAAAAUAAUUAUUGCUUUUAAAGUACUUGUUGUUAUUUCAAUGAUUGCACAAAUUAAUAAGAAAUAAAACACACUUAAAAUUAUACAUAGGUGGCAUAAUUACGUACCUAUUCAUUUAGACGUCUUGCCUUUAUAUUCGUGUGUUACAUUUGAUAAAAACAGGGCACAAUUGGUAACAAAGAAGUAAAACAUGAACACGAUAUCCUUGAUUUACAUGUGUAUAUUUUAAGCAGAAAUUAUUUUGACAACAUGGCUUCCUUAAUCAUAAUAAUUGUUAUGAACAUGGCGUUGAAUUAUAAAUAAAUUAAACGUCGAA